AUGAGUAGGUGUGUCCAAACUUUUGACCGGUAGUAUAUAUAUAUAUACAGAGGAAUACAUUUUUUGCCGAAAACUUUUCUAAAUGAAAAUAAGUCAACUAAUAAUGCAUAAUAAUAAUAACCCGAUUGCUAGAUUGUAUGACCAUUUGGAACGUUGGUAUUUGGAAAGAAGAAGCCCGGGGCAGAAACAGGAGCUCGCGCUGACGUCAGCCAUCCCUGCAAACAGACGAAGCCAGCCUGUGUAGGAAUGUUUGGAAACUUCUUCCGUCAAUAGUUUGUGUACUAGUUCUUCGAUAAUAUUGACCGAAUACCGACAAGGAGUGGAUACAGAUAUACGGUGAGUUGUGUGUAAUUUAGGAAUUAACAGAUUUGUUGUCUAUUGUUUGAAUUUGUGAAACAAACUAACUUUGACGAACAUUUUUGAAAAUGGAGGCUGUGUGGAGGUUGCUGAAAGAGGGAGGCGCUGUCCAGGGCUGAUUUCAGCACGAAGAUCAGGACCAUGGCUAACAUACGCUGUUCUAAACUUUCGUAGUGUUUGCACGCCAAACUUUAUUUAUGAUAUAUAUAUAUAUAUAUAUAUAUUUUUUUUAAUAAAACUAAUAACACACUAUCUCUACAUUUUUUCAAGAUUUUACAAGUUAACGACCUUGUUUUGUUCGGAGUUUGCUCUUCCGUAAAACAAGUUUUCCGAGUGAAGUUUUGAGGGCCUUGCUGGACAGCGACAUUCUCUGCAAGCUUGCAUGGCGAUAUGUGGAAUACUAUUGUUGCCACAGCCCUCCCAGCAUGGCUUCUCAGACGGUGUAUCCAAUGGGCUUGGUCAUGUACUCCACCUCAGCUGGCAUGCCCAUGGUGGAGGAUGCCCAGGGGUUGGCUGAGCUUCCACACAAUGAGCUGCCGGCCCCGCAGCUGGUCAUGCUCGCCAACGUAGCCUGUGAAAAUCCAACAGAAGGGAAGGAGAUGAUGGAGCUUCAAACCGUCGGCAGUUACUCCGAUAGUGAAGACGAGAACAUCAUCAGGUACAGUUACGAUAGCCAUGAGAGAGAGAUGUGUAUUGUAGACUACCCAGAGUCUCCACAGGCUGGCAUUGCCCAGGUUGAGGAGAUUGAUAAUGAUGAAGAGGAAGAAGGGAUGGACCUGUCCAAACCCUCUGAACAGCGUCCUUCUAGCCCUCCCAUCCCAUUUACCCCUUCUACCCCUCUGGGCAUGAUCAUGGAGUCAGCUAAGAAGAAGAAACCCUUCUUCUGUAAACCCUGCAACUACCAGGCCCAGCGCGAGGAGGAAUUUGUAACCCACAUCCAAAUCCACAGCGCCAAUAGGAUGAUCGUGGUGAAACGCGUGGAGGGGGAUAAGGCACGGGCAAAAGAGACUUUGGCGGGACCAGUUCAAGAAUCGGAGAGCGGUGAUGGCGGGGCCAACAACAAAGGGGUGAUCCGCUGUGAGCGCUGCGGCUACAACACCAACCGCUACGACCAUUACAUGGCUCACCUCAAGCACCACGAGAAGGAGGGUGACGACCAGAGGGUCUAUAAAUGCACCAUCUGCACGUAUACCACUGUCAGUCAGUACCACUGGAGGAAGCACCUCAGGAACCAUUUCCCCAGUAAGCUCUUCACCUGCAACCAGUGCUGCUAUUUCUCGGACCGUAAGAACAACUACGUGCAGCAUAUCCGCACCCACACAGGGGAGCGUCCUUUUCGAUGUCCGUACUGUGAGUACUCAAGCUCCCAGAAGACCCAUCUUACCAGGCAUAUGAGAACACACUCGGGUGAAAGGCCUUUCAAAUGUGACCGCUGCAACUACCUGGCUGCCAAUCAGCAUGAGGUGACACGCCAUUCCAGACAGGUUCACAAUGGACCCAAGCCCCUGUGCUGCCCCCACUGUCCAUACAAGACGGCUGAUCGCAGCAACUACAAAAAGCAUGUGGAGCUCCACCUCAACCCGCGUCAGUUCCUUUGCCCUGUCUGCAAGUACGCCGCUUCCAAAAAGUGUAACCUGCAGUAUCACAUCAAAUCUAGACACCCCGGCUGCCCACAGAUCGCAAUGGAUGUGUCAAAGGUCAAGCUGCGUGUCAAGAAACCUGAUUCUGAUGAAUUCACCGAUGAGUACACCAUGGUGAAUGGAAUCGCAAAGUUUGAGCUGUCUGCAAUUGAUGAUGAGGAGGAGGACAUGGAGGCGAGACCAGAGAUCUCUGGAGCUGAUAAACAAUCAAGCCAUGGCAAUCUCUCGACCAAGAAGAGCAGCAAUCCCAGCCCUCUUCAAGCUGCAGAAAGUGUAGCAACGGACAAGACCCACAAGAAAUGUUACGUCUCCCCUGUCAAAGAGACACCUAAAAAGGCAAAGGACAAGGCAGAGAAAAAGGUAACACUGAAACGCAAGAGUACAGAGAUGAGCAGUGAGAAUACAAAGCAGAAUGUUACCCCGAAGGAGACAGCAGCUGCAGUUCAAACCACAGGUAAUAAAGUGAAGAGAUGUCCCAAAAAACAGACGAUAGGGAAAACAGGUGUUCAGGAUAAGAGCAAAAUAAAGGAAACUGUGGAAAGAGUUCAAAAGGUGAGUUUGGAAGAGGACGAUGUUGAGAAGGAGAAAUCAGUUAAGGAGGCGUUGGAGAAAGACAUGCUGGAGAAGGAGAAUAAGGAGGAAAACAAGAGGCUGGAGAAGGAGAAAAAAGAGCAGCAGGGAACACUGAAGAAUGAGAGAGAAGGAAAAGAGAACAAAAAUACAACAAAAUCUAAGAGUCCUUCUAAAAAAAUGGAGAAAGUGGUUGAAAAGACUGUUGAAAAAGCACCUCAGAGUCUGGAAGCACCAGUGGAAAAACAGGGAGAGAAGAGCAAGAUGAAGCCACUAAAGAGAAAGGCUGCUGAGGCCUUGGACUUAUCAAUGAAGGAAUCUCCUGAGGAGCCCUGCACCGACAUUAAGGCCAAACGGUUAAAAGUCAAGGCUGCUCACAAGUCACAAUCAAAAGCCAGUAUCCCCCAAAGCAUGACGACUGAGCCUUGCCCAGUGUCUGAGCAGGAGGCCUCAGCAAACCAGAUUAUGAACUCGCCCGUAGUGAAAAAGCUGAAAAACAUCAACAAGAAAGAAGCAAGCCCUGGAGAGACUGAGGCUUCCAGUGAGAACAAGGAGUGUUCCAUCAUUGAGAACCCCAUUAGCCCCCCUGAAAACAAAAAGUGUCCUGCCACAGAGCUUCAGCCAACAGUUGUACAGGGAGAGAAGCAGGCAUCUGACCAGGAGACCGUCCCCGCAAUGCAUACAUCUACUAGGCAGAGCUCUGCAGAACAACAGUCCAAUAAUGGGGGAAACAACCUUGCAAAGCAAAAUGCAUCCCCAUCUCAGGACACAACUCCACAGGCUGAGCAGGCUAAGGUCGCCGACCAAGCAGAGGAAACUCCUACUCUUGAAGACGAGUCCCCAUCUCCCAUAGAAAUGGACGGCUCUCCCGAUUUCAGAAGGCCACAGGGAGAACCAUCAACACCAACAACACCCUCCCUGGAGCUCCCUAGGCCAAGAGGAAAGCCUACUGAAACUGAAGAGGACGAGGGCAUCCAUAGCCAUGACGGAGGAAGUGAGAUCAGCGAUAGCGCCUCGGAGGGCAGCGACGACUCGGGGCUCAACGGACUGGCCGCUGCCGCCAGCAAACUGGCCAAUGACCCUGAAACUCCCACAGAAGAGAUUCCGACUCCAACUGAACUCAAGAAUCACAUGUGUAUUUUCUGUGACCGUACCUUCCCCUUGGAGGUGGAGUACCGUCGGCACCUGAAUCGCCACCUGGUGAAUGUGUACUAUCUUGACAAUGCAUCCAAGCUGGGCCAGUGAGUGUCUGCAGAGUAGGGAGCUAUGAAUUAUCCCAUUUUGGUCAGGUUCCAGCAGUGUAUUUUGUUUUACCCUUUCUCCCUGUUAUAAAACAUAGUUGUCUGUGUAAGCAUGUUGACAGUACAUAUUCAGUUACCUUGCAUUAGUGCUCACUAGUAAGUGCUGUAUAAAAUAUAAUAUGGUAUGCCUAAAACUCUCUUGACAGCCUUUUUAAUACCAGCUUUAGGCAGACUAGUUAAUUGGAUUAUUGGUGUCUGGGCUUUCACGUAUUGGUUCCCAGACUGUUUGACUAUUAAUUCUUCAGUGCUUUUAAUUUAAAUCAUAGAGAAUAUGUGAGUUGACACGUGUGAGGCCCAAAACGAAUGUUCAUGGUUUGGCAUUUGGCUGAAACAUCCAUCAAAGAAAAUAUGGGAUAUUCAUUUUGUUGCUUGUAAAUCUCAUAAUACUUGUAAAUCUCAUAUGGUUAUGCAACUACCGGUAUCUAAAAUCGAAUAGCAUUGUAUAUAUGUUACAAAUAGCGAUUGAUAUUCAAGAAAUCGCGACACCUUGCCCUGUGGUUCACAAAGCAGUUGAGUUUCUAUAUUAGAAGAAGCCACCAAGAGAUGAGUUGCACCUGUUUUUAUAAUCCAUCAGUCCUGUUGAACAACAAUAGUAAAUCCAUUAUGAAAGGAAGUGGUAGACUUUUUCAAUGAAAAACCAAAGAAACCCCCCAAUUCCCGCAGGGAGAUUAUAUUAGAAGGACUCAGGUGGUCCAGAGAAUAAUAGGGUUCUCCUAUUGUGCGAGUCCACUCCAGUGAAGUGGUCUGUACCCUAAAUGGGGAAGAGGGCUGCAUGUUCAAAGUUGGGACAAGUGUGCGUUGUCCACUCCACCAUUUAGGGAGCACUUGACAACUAUGAUUUUGUCUUUUUUAUAUUGAUAACAUCAAUAGAGAUUUUUUUAAACAUUGUAUAAAUCAAUUAUCAAUCUGUACAAUGGACUAAUUAUAAAAAAUAUCUUAAUUACAAGAAAACGUUAUAGGUGUUAAUUGCCAUGACUUAUGAGGACUCGUUCAGUCAAAUUGAUGAACUAUGAAAUGGGGUGAGGUUUCUUUGGGCUCAUCCGGUACAAAAGUGGCGAGAUGUGUAUAGAAUUGUUUCUUGCGUUAAUGUUUGAAAUAUGUUGUUACUUUUUGUAUAUACAAAUCAUACAAAAAAACUCAUACUACUCAUUAAUAAAUGCACAACUUUGUGGGAGGUAGGGUGUUCCUAGUGUUAGCCUACUGGCCCUUUACAUCUGUAGGCCUAUAGAACUUUAAGAUAAGGAUAGAGAUUUUCUGGAUGGUAUAAAACAGAUACUAUGUUGCUAUCACUGACAGAGAAUAGACUAGCUAACAUUGAAAACAAGUUGUGAAAUGAAAGUUUGUGAACACAUCUGAAACUUUGCCAUUAUCAGUUUUGUAUCUGAGUUCAGAAAAAGCCAAAGAAGAUUUUUUACAGUUGUUGAGCGAAGAUGCCGGUAGUUCUACAUGUUCUUCUUUUUUACUCUUCAGUGCCUUCGACAAUCAUUAUUUUAUGUUUUUGCAUAUUAACAGUGUAGGUUUAUAGUAAUUGAGUCACCAUUCUUUUUACACUGUAAGAGCUCUGAUUUCAAUUAUAUUGUUGUUACAUCAUGUCUAUCUUUAUAACCAUUCCUUGAGGUUUAGUUGUAAUUGUUUGAUUACUAUGAAGAUCAAACCCAUCAACUUGAUUUUUGCUGUUUUUAUUAACCCACUCAUCUGUUUUACAGAAUUGUGCCUCCAAAGCUUAGCCUGUUUGUGCCAUCCGUGAUAUACUUCUUUCAUAUGCAUUUAGUUUUCUGUUCUAUUGAGGUGAUUGUUAGACUGAGCUAAUAAAAAAUAUGCCAUGUGUACUCUUUUAGUAAAUUCAGUGCAAUAUUAUAUUUUGGGUGUGAUGCCAAAGUGAGAAGAUAGAAUUAUAAAGACUUAUGUCUUGAGAUUCCUGACUAUUGGAAGGAAAAGAAUAUACCAGGGUUCCCUGGGAAACUGGUCCAAUUUAGCGGAUGUGCUCUUGAACCAGUCUAUAAAUGCACUCUUAGCUAGACUGUUAGAUUCCGUAUCACUGUAAAUGUACACCUUUUAUCUCUGUUCACUUACUGUAUUGUGCUUAUUAGUAGAUAAGAAAAGUUUAUUUCAGUCUUUGAAACCAUUUUGCAUUCACAUAUUGUAAUCAUAUGUAACGUAAAACUUCAAUUAAAUGCUGAGUCUCAAAUUGCCAGCCGCCUGUCCCUUCUAAAAGCCGGGAAUCGGCACACAUUUCAGCAAAUAAACACCCGUUUCAAAUGAAUCCCGGGUCUAACUGAACUGUUUACGAUAUUCCCAUGGACAUGUGCAUUAAACUUUUUUUUUUUAUUCUGUCAUCGUUGCUAGCCAUGUCGCCACCAAAAACAGAACACAACAUUAAAUGAAUGGUGCUGAAGGGUGAAAUUGGGGUGUGUGAUAGGCAGCCUAGUCUUUUCAAGUCUGAUCUGCGAUGGAUUUGUUAUUAUAAUGUUUAUUCUGGUCACAAACAGUGUGGUAGUCUUUUCAACAUUUUAUUGAGCAAAAGCUGUAUGCAUUAAGGAAAUAGAAGCCUGGCUCAAAUGGACACCUGUCUCUAAUAAGCGCCGGUUGUGCUCAGUGAUUAAAGCAAAUAAAUGAAUUGAAAAUACUUUUUCAAUUCAAUAAUUGCCAACUAACUUUUAUUAAUACCUUCACCAAAGUGGGGAGUUUUUGGCCAUUGUCCCCAAUACUUUUUGAAAACAAUUGGCCGUUUUAAAACCUUUUUGUUCAGUUUAAAACAAAGCAUCCUGUACCAUUUUCUGCUCUACACUUUUUAAUAAAAGUUGGCCUACUAUCCA